AUGGUCAUGUCUGGGCAUGUGUCAAACAAUGAAGCCCUGCAAAUCUCCCUUGGAGCGUCUCGCGCAGGACACGUAGGAGACCCUCCCCAAACACAACUGCUGGUUCUUCCUGGCGCUUUGAGGGACUUCCAGACCACUCCGGGUGACUCCGCCUGCAACCCGCUGCAGCGCCCAAAGCAGGGCGGCGUGCUGGCAGGGUUCGGCGUGGGCCUCACACUGAGCCGCCUCUACGCGCAGUACUUCGGGGGCGAUCUCCGGAUCCUGUCGCUGGACGGCUUCGGCACGGACGUGUUCUUGCACCUGAAUCGCCUGGGCACUGCGUGCGAGGACUUGCCAAAGGACGUCCUCUACAGCCCCUCCAUGCGCGAUUCCUCCGCCCUGGAGAUCCCAACCCAGGAGCAGCUCCUAAUCUCCGCCGAAGAGGAGGCGUUCCUGCGGCACGAGCCGCGGCCUCGGAGCCCGGAGGCCAUGAGGCAUGGGAAUGCAAGGGAGGAACCGAAGACAAGAUAA